AUCAGCUCUGUCAUGUGAUCAGUUGUUUCCAAUCACAGCUGAUCACAUGGCACUGAUGAUCAGUGCCCUGAUGAUCAGUGUAGCUCCAUCAGUGCCACCUGUCAGUGUCUAUCAGUGCCCAUCAGAGCUGCCUUUCAGUGCCGCCUGUCAGUGAUGCCUAUCAGUGUCGCCAAUCAGUUCCUGUCAGUGCCACCUAACAGUUCCAAUCAGUGCCAGUUAGUGCCACCUAUCAGUGCCAUAUUUGAGUGUUGCCUUUCAGUGCCCACAAGUGAUGCCUGUCAAUGCCCAUCAGUG